AUGUUUCGCUGUUGGUGGAAGCGAAUUCAACGUUAUGCUGACGGUCAAGGAACCAUUUCUAACAUUCUACUCUUCUCUCUUUUCAAGCACCGUGGAACUCUUCAAAAGAAGUUCAACGCAGCUGUUGUCCUUGUCUCCCUUAUUGCCUGUGCCUCAGCUGCACCGACUGCCACGACCACACCUGCGCCUCAGACUCCAAAUGAGAAGCCCAAUGACCCUGAUAUCGUUUUUGCGCUCAGCCCAGCAAAUGACUGUGGAGACUCAAAUUUUACCAACGGAAGUUCACCAGCCUCUCCUCUAGCUGCUGACUGCUUGAAAAUCGCUUCCAACAUCGCCGCCGAUGGAACCUGA